AUGCCACAACACGAUUACAUUGAACUUCAUCAGAAAAGGUUUGGAAAAAGACUUGAUACAGAAGAAAGAGCAAGAAAAAAGGCAGCUAGACAACCUCAUGAAUUAGCAGAGAAAGCAUAGAAUCUUAAGGGUCUCAAAGCCAAAAUGUUUAACAAGGAGAGAUUUAAGGAGAAGGCACUCAUGAAGAAAUAAAUGUUAGCACACGAAGAGAAAGAUAUUGAAGUCAAUGUCGAAGAUGUAAAAGAUGGAGCUGUCCCCACAUAUUUAUUGGAUAGAGAGCAAUAGCAACAAUCAAAGGUGUUGACAAACAUGCUUAAACAAAAAAGAUAAGAGAAAGCAGGCAAGUGGGAUGUUCCUAUUGCAAAGGUUAAAUAGAUGUCUGAGGGAGAAAUGUUUUAGGUUAUCGAAAGUGGAAAGAGAAAAUAGAAGUCUUGGAAGAGGAGAAUAAACAAGGUAUGUUUUGUUCCAGAGACCUUUACUCGUAAACCACCAAAAUUUGAAAGGUAUAUUAGACCAACAGGACUUCGUUUUAAGAAGGCUAAUGUGACUCAUCCUGAACUCAAAACUACUUUUAGCUUGCCUUUAUUGGGAGUUAAGAAAAAUCCAUAAUCUGCCUUAUAUACUACACUUGGUGUCAUCACUAAAGGAACAGUUCUUGAAGUCAAUGUGAGUGAAUUAGGUCUAGUAACUCAAACUGGUAAAGUUAUUUGGAGCAAGUAUGCUCAAGUAACAAACAAUCCUGAAUUGGAUGGAUGUAUUAAUGCUACGUUGCUUGUUUGAUUUUUAAAAGUUCAUAUAAUUAUCUAUUAUAAUAAAUAG